UUAUCCCAUUAUUUAUUGCUAUUGGUGGUAGACAUACACGCUCAUAUAUACGUGUCUCUAGAGGUGGUUUGUGGAAGUGUAAUCGCGUAUGGUCUGAAGAGUGGACUUGGUCCGUUUUAAAAUUGUUCCGAAAGUGGGCAAAUCUGGACGAUCCGCGGCAGUCGCCUGAAAUCGAAUUCACUCUUUGAGACAAAUGGUGACUCGAAUGCCGAUUUUUGUCAUCUUCGUGCCAAUAACGCUGAUUUUUAUUUCACUAGAUAUUGGUUAUUGUCAAGAUUUUGGAUAUGAGGGUUCGGAAGGGCCAACCUUUUGGGGAGAAAAAUAUUCCAAUUGUAUAGGAAAACUGCAGAGUCCAAUAGACAUAGAGGAAGAUAACAUUAAAGUAGUCCAGUUCGAUCCCCUCAUAUUCGAAAACUUCGAGAAACCUCUACAAGUAGUGAAACUAACGAACAAUGGACACACUGUGAUGUUAUCUGUGACACAGGGAAAAUCUCCGAAGAUAUACGGUGGUCCGUUAAAGGGCGAAUACAAAUUUGCCCAGUUACAUUUUCACUGGGGCACUAACGACACGGAAGGAUCCGAAAAUACCAUCAACCAUCAAAGGUUUCCUUUAGAGCUACACAUGGUAUUCUUCAACACACAGUACGAAGAUUUCAACAAUGCCAUUAAUUUUGGGGAUGGACUCUCGGUUUUGUCAUUUUUGUAUUCGGUUCGGGAAACGAAUAACUCAAAUUACGAAGGGUUCGAAUUUGCACUAGGCAAAGUUCGGGAGGCACAAUCCUCUACCGAUUUGGACGAUUUUGUUUCUUUGGAUGAAUUCACAACGAUGGAGAGAGAAGCCUAUUUCACUUACGAAGGGUCACUCACCACACCCCCGUGUUCAGAAGUAGUGAUCUGGAUCGAAUUUAAAAAUACCAUCCCAUUGUCAAGUAGACAAAUCGAAGCGUUUAGGCAUCUCUCAAACGGCAAAGGUCAACUUAGUCAUAACUUCAGACCCGUACAGCCAACCAACGACAGGAUAAUUUAUAUGAACGCUCAGUCCGAGUCCGCUGCAACAAUCACUACGAAUAAUUAUUUCACUAUGACCAUUUUGCUAACGAUCGUGUGCAAUAUAUAGUUUUAAGGUGUAUCCUAGUUCCUACGAUAUCGUCCACUGUCACUUAUUUAUUUAAAUUAUUUGACACAAACUUUGUGAUAUUAACUUUUAAUAUAGACGAGAGGUUGUGCAAGCAACGUCAAAAUGACAUUUUAAAAGGAACGAAAGGUUUUGUUUAUUUUCCAGAAAUUUAACAAUUUUACAAUUCUUAUUACUCAUUAUCAACUGCCUUGACUUUUAAAUUGUACCAAUAGUAAGUUAAAUGUCAACGAAGUUAUGAGAUUUUGACUGCGUAUUUGGACGUUGACGUUCUUUGUGAAUGUGAAUUUUAGACACUCGCAUAUGUGAUUUGUGUUUCAUCUUAAUAAAUAGAUAGAUAUACCGACCGUAUACAUAUACCGGAGCCUUUUUUUUUCAAUUUUUGAAAAACAUGAUACAGAUGUAACAACGUGCUCCAUGGCGGAGUUGGUUGUCACGUGCAUUCUAAAUGAUAAAUAAUUUACAAAAUCAUAUAUCGAAAAUGAUUAUAUACUCACAUUAAACAACUCAAAAGAAACAUGGAAUUUUAUUUUUAAGCAGCUGAUCCAUUCUUCGUCUAGUAGACAAUUGGAGAAUGACUCCAAAAAAACCAAGCAGAAACAUUCUUCUUCAUUUUCACUUUCCUUUUUAUUGUUGCAUUUUCUUUGCAGAACCAAAAUCUCUUUUUUGGCUGCUUCUUCUUUCUUGUUUCUCUUAUUCUGCUGGUAUUUGUUUCUCACUUCUUCUAAUAGCUCUUUCACUGGGGUGUCUGUUAACUCUCUAUUCGUUUUUCUUGCCAGCUAGGUAUUUGAAUAUCAGCCCUAUCAGCAGACUCUAGCGUAAAUUCUUGUGAUUUCGUCAGUGAACAAUCACGUUUUGUAACUAUUGCUGUUCUAUUAAAUAGUGUCAGUUUUCCUGAAGGUUGUUGUUUGGCUUGGAGUAUCCUUUUCGUUGAAGGUCACUGGGUUUGGCCUGGUUAUUUCUUCUUGGUGUAGAGUCUUUGGUUUCUUCUACCUUUAAUACGCCUAGAUCCUGCCUAUCAUCACCAAAAAUAUUUCUGUUGUAUGGAAAUACUCUGGCCACCCUAAACGCAGACAGGAUAUUUUUAGAAGUAAAUACCAGCGGGUAAGCAUAUAUUGCAUAUAGUUUUCUCAGGAUUGUUUAAAAUCCAAACAUCGCAGGAGGUAUUGACAUAUUUCUAGAUUCCUCCUGCAUCGGUUGUUUAUAAAUUAAAUUUUCGCCAAUCAUCCUGUUGACUUCUUCAGAGCUUAACUGAAACUGACUCGCAGGGAGGUGGCCGGGAGCUAAAUGAGGGAAAUCAACGAGUAUUUCCAUAAAUGUAUUCGCGAUGACUGGUGAUAAUGGUGACUUUAUAGGUGUUCCCGACGUUUCAAGAAAAAUAUGUCACACACAAGCAUUUUUCAAUUAAGAUCAGAAGGUUUGGUUCCAGAUUCUGAGAUUUUAAUAUAUCUGAAAUAAUGUUGAGAGUUCCAGGAAUGCGGAAUUUAGAAAAGAGAUAUUCUACAUCGAAACUAACCAGAAUAUCGUUUUAAUCUAAUGUAAGUGUUCAAUGAAAUGAAAGGAAUUACGUACGAAACUAUCAUUUUCCCUGUAAAGAGUUUUAAUACAGAAGUUAGAUAUUUUGCUGGAGAAUAUGUUAUAGAACCAAUGGAGCUGACAGUAGGCCGAAGAGUUAAUCCUGGUUUGUGAAUCUUAGGAAGUUCGUAGAAAGGAGGAAUUUUAGAUAGAGAAGAAGCCUUAAUAAUAGAAUUAAGGUUGCUUUCCAUGAUGUACGAUCUUUUCUAAGUUGACAAUAGGAGCCGUCUGUAAGAAUAUUUUGAGGUAUUUCCUCAUAUUCACUUGUGACCAUGACUUCCUUUAUCUGCUUUUAUCUGCUUUUAGAAUUACGAUGUCGGGAUUAGAUUUUAGGGAUUAGAGCAAUGCAAAUUUAAGAGUUUGGGAUUUUUUAAGAUUUUUUGCGGUUUCAACACUAAUUUCAUUAGCUGUUUGAGAUGGCAGAUUGUUUAGGAUAGGCUCAACAUUCGAAAUAAUUUCCUCUUUUGGGAUAAUACGUAGGGCAAGGACGAAGUUGGAACCUUUUGCAAGAACUGAUUUUUCCGUUUCUUGUUGUGAUGAUACAUCUACCAUAGUGUUUGCUCGUUGAGAAGAGCUUGAUAGUUUCUCUAGCGUUGGCAUUUGUUUUUCCAAUUUUUAAAUGUGAUUCUGCGUAGAAGAUAAACGAUUAUUUUCAGCUUUCUCAUGAAUCAUAGUUGAAAGCGUAUCGAACUCUGUUGGGCAGAAGAUGGAAGCAAUUCCAAGAAGAAGAGAUCUACAAGAUUUGUAAGUUGUAUUAGAGUAACUCGAAGAUGUUUCUUUAAAUAAAUGAAAACAGCGAUUAAAUUGUUAUCAUACCUACUUAAAAAAUAUAUUUUUUCACUUCCACUAUAAGUUACGGACUAUUUCCAAAUGGCCGCAGUCAAAGUAGGCCACUUUUCACCAAAUUAAAUUUAAAUGAAUUAAUAAUGGAUUAUUUUUAAAGCGCAAGGUCUAAAACAUAUGGAGAGGACAAAAAGGUUAUGGCAUUAGCAAGUUUUUUAGGCAAAUCGCGCAAAUUCAUUCUGGAAUAUUGAAGAAACUGUGGGGGUGUCAAAAUCACAAACGCAAAGAAUAAUAAUAAAAUGUAAAUAUGAAAAUUAUAAAGUAAUAAUGGAGAUGAAGAAAUGCGACCAGAUUUUUGUCACUAUUAUUAUCGUCAUCUCCAAUAAUAAUUUAACGGCAGAUAGAUAUCUAACAAGUCUAAAUAAAACACUACCAGAAUUAACUUUUAGUAUUAGAUUUUUUCGUUCAGAAUCUAGCUAAUACUAUCGAGCAGCUACAAAAUGGGACAACUCAGGCAUUUAAAUCUUUAGAGGAUAAGGAUGAAUGCUCUAUAGCCAUUUAAAAUUCGUUUAUUAUAUUCCUUUGUUAAUUUUUUUUUCCUUUUUAAAGUGUUAGAUUAUCCGAAGUGUAUAUUGUGAUAUACGAGGGGUGGGAACACAAUAAGUUUUGGUGUGCAGAGGAAUUGCAGGGCAUUGCGAGUAUUGUAUGAGUAUUGUCAGUAUUGUAUGUAUUAUGAGUAUUGUAUGGGAAUUAUAGGCAUUGUAUGGGCAUUGUGUUGGCAUUGUCAAGCGUUUUAUCGAGGUGCGCAUGGGUACCUGUAUGCCGUUUCCGGCCUUAACCAGCUUAAAUUUACAAUUAAGAAAAAAAAUCGGAUGAUUCGUAUUUGAAACGAAAAAACUAAGUUAGAUUUCACGAUUUUAGAAACUUUAUUACUAGCCUAAUUAAUCGUCAUUAUACAAUGUUGCCAAACAAAAUGAAAUGUUUUGGUCUGGAAAGAGAAUCCAAUCAUAUAAAAAUCGCGCUUGCUGCGAUGUUCUAGAGACUUAGUGACUUACGUGAAAUUUUGUUUUUUCUCUGGUUUUGGUUAGUUUUUUUUAAAUUUGUCUUGGCAGAUUUAACUUAGAACGUUUUGGUUUCUUGGAACUAUCAUAAUUUUCUUUUUAAUGCUGACACGAUUCUGGUGCGUUCUGUAAUCCCAAAAAUAACAGUGUAUCGCAAUCUAUCACAUUAUGUUCCUACGAAAAAGGGCAAAUCAAAAAUUUAAAAUCCAGAUCCGUACUAAAAAAAGUUAUAAUCAUUCAAAAAAAAAACAAAUGUCUCCGACCCAAGUAUUUUCUCCAAAUUUUCUGACAUCCAAAAAAAAUUAAUUAUACCUGUCUUACUCCAGAAGUAAUCAUAUUGAUAGAUACUGUCCUCUAUGUUAGAUGGCUUCUCGAGAUUUUUUUGUAUUGAAAAUGAAAGAAAUGAAAGCAACCAGAUAUCCCAACCAGAACAUGUACAUUUUUAAGACUCUCAUUACUACAGGAAAUUUGAGAAGUUUAUGUUUACUCCCGGAUUUAAAAACAUUAUUUUCUGACAGAAAGAUUACUGCUAGGGAGAAGUCAGAGCUAUAAAUUACGUAUCUAUAUUUUAAAAAGUGCAUCUAUUAGGCCCCUGAUGAGUAAAAACAUGUAGAUGUCAACCCAUGAAAGCGGGACUAACUGUAAUACUUUUUACAAAACUUUUGGAUUCCUCCUACGUCGGUUUUUGCUGAGUCGAAAUUGCUGACGUUUCGCCAAUCAUCCAGUUGGCUUCUUCAGAGCUUGACUGAAACAGUGUCAGUCAGGAUGAUUGCCGAAACAUCAGCAAGUUGGUCAGCAAAAACCGACGCAGAAGGAAUCCAAAAGUUUUGUAAAAAGUAUUACAGUAGCCUGUGGAUGUUUGUUUGAAAAAUUACCAGGACUAACUGUAGUUCCAUCAUAUUGACUAAGAAGCAUUACAUAAGAAUUUUGGGGUCAAUGGGGUAUACAAUACCUUUUGGUCUGUAUAAAAUGAUGUUUUUACCCCUCGGUGACAUCAUUCGAAUAUCUAUAUCUCGAUUAGAAUUUUUCCAAAAAAUUGUUGCUUUUACGUAACAAUAUCUAUAGCAUUUUUCUAUGUAACAGGGUGUCAAAAAUAUCCCAAAAAUCACAAAAUUUCUAUUUCACCUUGUAUCUCGGGAACAAAACAGGGGGUCCAAAAACUGACACAGAGUUGCCAAAAAGCCAGUAAAGUUCUACUGGCUGGUUACCGAGAAAUCCUGUGAUAACAUGAAUUUGGGACACAUUGUAUACUACUGUUCCUAGCAAUUUGCCUCAUUUAUUUCGGUAUUUCAGUAAAGAUAGUUUCGACAUAUGUUUGGUAUCUAGCUUCAAAUAAAAACUUGCUUGAAAUAUUAUUUAUUUCAUUUGCCGAUACAUAGCAUACACAUGAGCACCACAGCUAAC